AUGGGUUAUACGUUCGAAGAACCAACCUCCAACAUGAAGAGAGUCCAUUUCUCAGACGGUCACACUGCCGGCAGUGCCACAACAGUCGACGACUUCUUAUUCAAAAGGGCCAAUUCCUCGAGCAAGUCCAGUGCACAGGGAGAGUCUAGUACGCAAGCCACCAGCACUCUCAAACAGACCACCAAGAAACAAGACAAGCCAAAGAAGAAAAAACCACUCGUAGAAAAUGCCCGGAGAAAAUAUGCUUCACGCACUCAAUGCCAGCCUACCAUGGAAGAAGUAUACUUGGCCGAUCCGCUUAUGAGAUCACGGCGCCCAUCACCACCGCGACCUGAGCAGAUGUUUACAGGAGAGUCUUUACGACGCAAUAGCUCCUUUAGCUUCAGGCUUCCAACGUUACCAACACAAGCAAGAGUAUCGAUUCUACCCAAGAAACCCGUAGAACAGGGCAGAAUAGACAAGGAAGUAACAGUUACAGCACUACUUCCACUAGCACAUCCUCCAUCGCCUCCGCCUCCACCACCUCCACGUCGUGAGUCCCAGGCUCUCAGCUCUAAUUUUCCCGCUUCAAAAGAAGCAAAGCUUCGGAUUCCCAAAGAUCUGUUCAUCUCUCCCAACAUUCCUGAGUCAAUACGACAGUUAGAAGCACUACUUGCAGGUCGUGAGGGUCUCGUAGUCUCUCCUAAUCUUCUCGCGUCACUGCCACAGAUCGAAGCAUCACCUCCACCCCCAGGAGCCGCAUUUUCCAACCGCAGACUUCCUCCACUGCCGAACCAAGCAGGAGCACCAGGUGAAUCCAAACCAGCGGAAGGAGAAGCCAGAGAAUACAUUACACUAGCACCUUUCCGCCCCGAAUUCGUGUUAUCAUCUCACAACCUUCCCCCGCUGUCAGCGACUGUAGGAGAUCUACUUCCACGCCACCAUGUCUUCAACCUCAGACCCAUUCUUCCCAAGCCACCAGCACAAGAAGGAUCAUCAGGUGUAGCCAGUCAAUCAGCCGGACCCGUGGCAGGAAGAGGAGCACCACGUGCAGCCAGUGAACCCGUCAGACCCGCGAGAGGAAGAGAAAGAAGACGAGGAAGAGGAAGACCCAAAAAAGCACCUACGCCAUCGCCUCUCCGCAACGAAAUUAUACUUUCACCCCCAGCACAACCAAUAGAGCCACGUAUAAACCUGGCUAUCCCCGUCCCCAGCCUCGGUCUUCCCACGCUAUCAGUACGACCAGGAACAUCACGCAUAUUCACUGAACUCUCUAACCCCGUUUCGCAUAUGCAAGAUGUCAGAUCGGCUCCACACCAGCCAAGCGAGUCAGACAGAGACAGACUCGAGCGACCUUGCACUCCCAACCAACCGCCUCCUUCUCCUCCUCCUCCUCCAGCAACCUCUUCGUUACCACCUCGUCCGCCCCGGGGCCCUCCCAUCUCCAUCUCCUCCGCCUCAUGCUCCUCCUCCCCGUCUCCCUCGCCCUCACCUCCCGCCCUCGCAAUUUCCGACCCCGCCAUCCCCAUCUCCCCAACAACCCGCCAACUCGCAGAGUCCCUUUCCCGCCGCCACACAGCAUCCAUCUCCAUCUCAACCCUCACCUUCCCCCCAUACCCCUCACCACUCGCCCCCCGCGCCCUCCCCCACUUCCACACCGGCGCCGUCAUCGCCGUCGAGAAUAUCAGAGACGACUACGCCAUCACGCCCGACUUUUCGCUGCUUGAGCUUGUCGAGGACCUCGAGGAGAAUCGGCCGACCGUGUUGGAUUGGGAGCAUGUUACGGUUAUGAGGGGCGGGGAUUGGGUGUAUGGGGUGCUGAGGGAGGUGUGGGAGGUGUGGGGGGACAGGGUGCGUGUUGAGGAGGUGGUUGAGCAGUUGAUGGAGUGGGUGGAUGGGGAGUUUGAGAGGUUAGCGUGGGUUUAG